AUGAUUACCAAGGACACCACCAUCCCGCAUGUCUAUGUGCCAGAGGAUGUGCCAUACGACGCUGCCAGGAGUAUUUCUGUCAUCAUCAUCGGGGCCGGCAUUGGAGGCAUAGCGACGUCGGUCCUUCUUCAAAACAAAGUGCCCAACCUCAAUUACACGGUAGUAGAGAAGAACGCGGGAGUGGGAGGUACCUGGUGGGAGAACCGAUACCCCGGAGUGCGGUGUGACGUGGCAUCGCAUUCGUACCAGCUGUCCUUCGAGCCCAACCCGAGCUGGAGCGAAUUCUACGCCCGCGGGGACGAGAUCCGCCAGUACUACGAAGACGUGGCUCGGAAGCACCGCGUGUACGAGCACAUCAAGUUCCGACAUGAAGUGACACAAGCGAUGUGGUCGGCGGAAGACUCACAGUGGCAUGUCCAGGUGCGGGAUCUUGAGAGCGGCACCGUCGAGCUUGCCAAAGCCAACUUUCUAGUCUCUGCGGCCGGGCGACUUAACUCGGCCCAGCUCCCGGCCAUCGAGGACCUCGACCAGUUUGCCGGCUCCGUGGUACACACAGCCGCUUGGGACGCUUCGUUGGACUACAAGGGCAAGAGAGUGGCAGUGAUCGGCAACGGGGCGAGUGGCAUGCAAGUGAUACCCAACAUUCUGGCCGACGUCGAACACCUGGGUCAUUUCGCCCGGUCGAGGACUUGGGUGUCGGCCUACUUCCGAAGCAACCUCUUGUCGGCUCCGGCAGACAAUCCUGGCGGACACCAAUAUACACAGGAAGAGGUGGACCGAUUCACCAGCGACACCAAAGCGCACCUAGCAUACCGUAAGGCCCUAGACGCCACGUUCCACGCCGGGUUUCAGGCCUACAAGGCUGGCAGUGUGGAGAACGCGGCGGUGAGGACCGAGUUAACGGCUCUCAUGUCGGAACGCAUCCAACACGAUCCAGUCCUUCUGGAAAAGCUGAUGCCCGAGUAUGCUCCAGGGUGCAAGAGGUUGACGCCGGCUCCGGGGUACCUCGAGUCCCUGCGCAACCCCAAGGUCAACUACGUGACAGACAAGAUCGUGCGAGCAACACCGUCAGGCCUGGUCACGGCUGACGGCAAAGAACACGCCGUGGAUGUCAUCAUCGCCGCCACAGGCUUCCCAGACUCGUUCGUGCCCCGAUUUCCCGUCGUCGGUCGGUCAGGGGUCCGGCUCCAAGACCUCUGGUCGCCAGCGAGCAAGACCGGGCCCGGGUAUCCGGAGACGUACUUUGGUAUCAUGGUACCACGGUUCCCCAACCUGUUCUUUGUCCUCCAGGCCCAGGGCACCGCGCUGGGCGGCACUGUCCCCGUGCACUGUGAACAGACGGCGACGUACAUUGCGCGUUGCAUCCGUAAGAUCCAGUCGCAGUCCUACUCGGCCCUGGAGCCGAGCCAGGAUGCAACGGACGACUUCAAUGCCGUCGUCGACGGCUUCUUCGCCGACAAGGUCUCCUCCACCGACUCAUGUACCAGCUGGUGGAAGACCUCCAGGCCAUGCGGCCGGCCUCCGCGCAUGGUCAUCUCCUGGCCUGGCUCAGGCCACCACAAGUGGGACAUUUCGCGCGACCCGCGUUGGGAGGACUUUGUCUUCCACCGCCGCACCGGCACCUUGCGCAAUCGAUUCCAUUACUUUGGCAAUGGUAUGACUCGGAAGGAGCUGUCUGGAGACCUUGACUCUUUGACCAGCUACCUGAACGAGGCUGGUCAUAUAGACCUGCGGACCAUUCAUGAGAGUUGGACUGACCAAGUAUAA